AUGAGUUCCAGUAUCAAAGCGUUUAUCAAGAUAUUACUUCUCUUCCUUCUUCUCCCCUCUAGCAUUUGCCAGCUUUCCCUUGACGCCCUUAAGCCAAACCUUCCCAUCAAAGAUGGUGACAUUUUAGUCUCUAGCACGCAAAUCUUUGCACUAGGAGCCCUGGAAAUCCUCAGCACCGCUAUGUUGGAGUUUGGUAUAACAAAGUUCCAGAGCAAACCAUUGUCUGGGUUGCGAACAGAGACAACCCAGUCAAUGAUUCCUAUGGAGUGCUAUCGAUCAAUGGUGAUGGAGGCCUUGUCAUACAUGGAAAGGACCCAAAUAGGGCUGAACCGGCGGUCUGGGUUGGAGUGGCACCUAACAUCUUGGAAGUCAAAAGAUGACCCUGGAACCGGGAGUUGUACAUAUGGGAUAGACCCCAUGGGGUUUCCGCAGUUUUUUCUGCGCAAAGGUAGAGAAGCAUUGUGGCGGACCGGCCCUUGGAUCGGGGACAAAUUGAACGCUCUACCUGUAAUGACGGCUACCUUCUACAAUGCAAGUUUUGUCAACAAUGAAGACGAGAUAUCCUUAGUGUUUGCUAUUGCUAAGGACUCAUUGAUCACAAGGGUGGUGAUAGAUGAAUCAGGAAUAUUACAAGUGUUCGUGUGGAAUGAUCAAUGGAUCAAAUUCUACUCCCACCCAACUGAGUGGUGUGAUUACUAUGGACAGUGUGGUCCAAAUACUAACUGUGACUCAGAGAAGGACUAUAAGUUGGCUUGCACGUGCCUACCUGGGUUCGAAUCCAAAUCACCUAGUUUGAGUGUUGGUGAGAGUGGAUGCAUUAGGAAAGCGGGAGCAUCCACAUGUCAAAAUGGAGAAGGGUUCGUGAAGGUGGCGCGUGUAAAAAUACCGGACUCAUCUACGGCAUAUGUGAACAUGAGUAUGAGUUUGGAAGAGUGCAAACAAAAUUGCUUGAUGGAUUGUUCUUGCACAGCUUACACGAGUGCAGAUGAUCGGGGAGGUGGGAUUGGGUGUGUGACAUGGCACGGGGACUUGAUGGACAUGAGGACUUUCUCCGAUAUUGGUCAAGAUUUAUAUGUUCGAGUCGAUGUAACUUCUUUAGGUUUGCUCACUUAA